GAGGUUACGUGUGGAGCGCUUCCGGCGUGCCGACAGUCUACUUCCGGGCGCCCCUGUUCGGCGUGCCAAGAUGGCGACGUCUCUGGGAUCCAACACGUAUAAUCGGCAGAACUGGGAGGAUGCGGAUUUCCCCAUUUUGUGCCAGACAUGUCUUGGAGAAAACCCCUAUAUUCGAAUGACCAAAGAGAAAUAUGGAAAAGAAUGCAAGAUCUGUGCUAGGCCAUUCACAGUAUUUCGUUGGUGCCCGGGUGUACGGAUGCGCUUUAAGAAGACAGAAGUGUGCCAAACAUGCAGCAAGCUGAAAAAUGUUUGUCAGACCUGCCUUCUUGACCUGGAGUAUGGUUUGCCUAUUCAGGUUCGAGAUGCUGGACUCUCGCUUAAAGAUGAUAUGCCCAAGUCGGAUGUUAACAAAGAGUAUUACACCCAAAAUAUGGAAAGAGAGAUCAUGAACUCUGAUGGCACCCGACCUGUUGGUGCUUUAGGAAAGGCAACAUCCACGAGUGACAUGUUGCUGAAACUGGCUCGGACCACACCUUACUAUAAACGCAACCGUCCACAUAUCUGUUCAUUCUGGGUGAAAGGAGAGUGCAAAAGAGGAGAAGAAUGUCCCUACAGACAUGAGAAACCUACAGAUCCAGAUGAUCCGCUUGCAGAUCAGAAUAUCAAAGAUCGUUACUAUGGAAUUAAUGAUCCUGUGGCUGACAAGCUUCUCAAACGAGCUUCCACAAUGCCUCGUUUGGACCCACCUGAUGACAAGACAAUUACAACGCUGUAUGUAGGUGGCCUGGGUGACACCAUCACUGAGACUGACCUUAGGAAUCACUUCUAUCAGUUUGGUGAGAUCCGGACAAUAACUGUUGUGCAGAGGCAACAGUGUGCAUUUAUCCAGUUUGCUACCCGACAAGCUGCAGAAGUGGCAGCAGAGAAGUCCUUCAACAAGCUCAUUGUCAAUGGUCGCAGGCUUAAUGUGAAAUGGGGCAGGUCUCAAGCAGCCAGAGGAAAAGAAAAGGAAAGAGAAGGAAUCACAGAAUCCGGUAUAAAACUGGAGCCAGUGCCGGGAUUACCUGGAGCUCUUCCUCCUCCUCCUGCAGCAGAAGAGGAGGCAGCCUCCGCAAACUACUUCAACCUACCUCCCAGUGGCCCUCCAGCUGUGGUGAACAUUGCCCUGCCACCCCCUCCUGGCAUUGCUCCACCCCCACCCCCAGGUUUUGGGCCACACAUGUUUCAUGCGAUGGCUCCUCCGCCUCCUUUCAUGAGAGCUCCGGGUCCUAUCCAUUAUCCUUCUCAAGAUCCACAGAGAAUGGGUGCCCAUGCCGGGAAGCACAACAGCCCCUAACAUCGCAAGAUCAUUCUCAUUGUUUAUUUUCUUCUUCUUCUUUGUUUUUUUUAUGGAACUUUACGUUGGUAGCAUACCGCAUUCAGUUACAAUGUGCAGGAAACAAAAUAUCUCUCCUUCAUAGUCACACGGCCCUGGUUCAGUCCAGCUGUGUUACACAAACAAAAAACCAGAUCACUUGUAUAACCAAAGAACUUGAUACAAGUAUUUUGAGGAAACAGUGGCUUUUUUUUAAAAUGACCUAGAGGAAUUUUAAUUAUAGUAGAACUACAAAUCCCAUCAGCGUUUUCAAUUUUGCAUACUUUCAAAUAAACUAGUCUUUGGCAACAAAACGAGACACCCUCCUUUAAGACAGUUUGGUAAUCCCCAGUGGAAACUACCCAACAUUGUUCAGAAUGGCCUGGAAAGCCCUUCAGUAGUAAUCUGUCUGAAUGUCAAAUUACUGUGUUGCCAUUAAAACUAGAUUCAAGUUUCUCUUGGCGCUGAGCUGGAAUGGAAAGAUACAGGGAGGUCAUAGACUAUAAUGAGGGGCAUACGGAUGCUGUGCCACUUUCUAUUCAACGCUGUUUCCCAUCAUUCAUGAUUCUGUCUGUGAUGCAUGCUACCAAAAUGUUGAGGCGGCAGCAUUGCAUGCUUGUUAAAACCUCUGUUAAAGGGGUUGGUGACUCUCUGAGUUGUGACUUACGUGGCCUUCAUGUCCAUUUGCUACUGAAACUAGUCUGGUUUAUUUCCUAACGCAACACUUGAUUACUGAUGGCUCUUUUAGAUACGUGUUUUCGGUAUUUACCCUGUACCAUCUGUUUUUCUGCAUCAAGUCUGUCAUGUGUCCUAGUAAAGAGAAUCAUAUUUUUA